AUGGCCCCGUUGGCGCAGGGCGCCGCCUCCCCUGGAGGCAGCCCGGUCAACGUCCUGAACGAGAUUAGCGAUAUCAACAAGGGCCUGGAGAGGAUCAAGCAGAACCUUCAGCAGCUGCGGAUGCUCCAGGAUCGCUCUCUCAACGAGACUGACUCAAGCUCUGGCACCUCCCGCCAGGUCGAUGACCUCUCCGCCACCACCAUGUCCGACUACAGAGGACUCGUCCAGCGCGUGCGCGAGCUGAAGAGCAACAGGGAUGCCCAGACAUACAAGGGCCAGGUCGAUCGUGUUGACCGUGCCCUCAAGGAUACGAUCCAGCAGUACCAGCAGGUCGAGGCCGACUUCCGUCGCAAGAUGCAGGGUCAGAUGGAGCGACAGUACCGUAUCGUGCGACCGGACGCCGACGCCAACGAGGUCCGCGCCGCCGUUGAGGACAUGUCGGCGGGUGGCCAGCAGGUCUUCCAGCAGGCCAUGAUGCAGAGCAACCGCCAGGGCCAGGCCCGUGCCGUGCUGAACGAGGUGCAGAACCGACACCAGGAGCUGCUCAAGAUUGAGCAGCAGAUGACCGAGCUGGUGCAGCUCAUCCAGGAUCUCGACACCUUGAUCAUCCAGCAGGAGCCCAUGGUGCAGCAGAUUGAUGAGCACGUCGAGAAGACCCAGGAGGACCUGAAGGAGGCCAACGUGCAGCUCGAUGUCGCCGUCGACACUGCCAGGAAGACGCGCAGGAAGAAGUGGAUCUGCUGUGGUAUUGUUGGUAAGUUGCUGCUGCCCCCCGGAGACAUUUGCCUUGAGGCCACUCCCCCCUUUUCUGAAACUUAA